AUACCAUUGGAAAUGAGCUUCCCCGAAUGGUGAAGCCACGUCCCUUUGGAUUCUGCCUGGCUCGUCAUAAUGGGACAUUCCAGCGGGCCAAGGCGAUGAACGUCUUUGGUAAUACACCGCCGACUACAACUUCUGGAUCAUGGAGUCGUUACGUCGAGAACUGUUUCGGAAAUGCGGGAGAUCAAUGAUGAGUUGUUAUCCCUGCCCUGCUUCACUCUGCAGGUGCAGCUCAAGGAUGUGCCCAACUAUGCGGUAAGCGAAGAUUUCUUCGCAUUCACCUCGCAAUUCGAGGGCGAGAUGUAUGUGGCAGUCCAUGAAAAAACUCCUGGGUGCAUACAAGUAGAACUAUUGCAUCCAGAGACAAAAAUGUCACUAAAUGCAAAAAUACGUGAUUACUGCGCCAACAAAAAGAUUUACGAAAAUAUGAACUCUUAUAAAAAGAAUGAGAAGCUUAAUCGGCCAAUUCCCCCAUCUGGUCAGCAAACUACCAAAGAUAAUAAAACUAUUGCAAGUGCUGUGGUCAAUAAUUCUCUGGCUGUUUCUCAAGGACCACAAAUAACUACCCAGGAAUUUUUAAACAAACUAGAAACAGAAGUAAAGAAUCAGAGCGAUCCUAGAAAUGCUUUGUCUUUCUCAGACAAAAAUAAAGAGACACCAAAGAAGCCGAGUCCAACAGCUGGACAAGAAACAAUUACUCAAAAUCAGUCUAAACCAGUUUUUGAAGUUGGCAAUAAUACUUCAGCAAAAGUAGAGCCCCAAGUAUCCUUAAAAAAUAAAGAAACUGAGGCUAGCAUUCAGAUCGAUCAAAUUCAAGGAGUAACAGCAGCUUCACCCCAGAAGAACAUUAAGAAAGAUGAGCCUAGUGACUUUUUCCGUUCUUAUUUUAGUGAAAGGGGUAUUAAAGAGCAGGAUUUUGAGAAAAUGUCCCCAAGCGAAAAAUUUAGCUGUUUUUUUGGAUCCCGCGCGACUAUUAAAGAUAGUAAAGAAACACCGUCCGUUGAUCUUUCUAAAGACUCUCAGUUAACCAAGAAAAUAACAUUGACAAAAAGCCAGCUGUUCAGGAAUCAAAAAAAGAGCAGGAUCUUAAGAAAAUGUCCCCAAGCGAAGUAUUUAACUGUUUUUUUGGAUCCCGCGCGGACAUUAAAGAUAUUAAGAAAACACCGUCCGUUGAUCUUUCUAAAGACCUCUCAGUUAACCAAGAAAAUAAUAUUGACCAAAAGCCUGCUGUUGAGGAAUCGAAAAAAACCGAAGAUAGCAUUUCCAAGACUUUAGUUGGAUCCAAAACCAAAGAUGAAGGAGCAAGCAGCCUUGAAAUUAAGAAAUUAUCCAAUCUUACACUUGAGGUACCCAGUAACGAUGAAAAACCAACCACCAUUGAUCAGGCUAUUAAAUCUGCUCCUGAAAUCGUAUCAAAACCCAAAGAUGAAGAAGUAAAAGAGUUUUUAACGCAAUGCCUAGCGCGAAAAUUACUCCUCCAUCUGAAAUUACGAAAACGGAUCAAGCAGUUCCAUUGGAAUUACCAAAACUUAAAGGAUUAUUAGAUUCGCUGUCUAUCUCUAAAGCUAAUCCCCAAGAAAAUGGUAUUGUAAGGCCAAAAAAUGAAGCUCUACUUAAACCUCCUUUUGAGCUACGCCGUUUCACAACUCAUAGUAAGGAAGGCAUUGAUGUAUUUGUUGUGGACAGUUCAAAAAAGGAUCGCGGAAUUUUUGGGGCUUUUGACAGCACCUACGCCUGUGAAUUUUCCACCUUGCACAGCCGUUUGUCGGAAAUUACCGAUUUGGAUCCCUAUAAACCACAGCUUAGGGAAUAUAUUCUCGCCCGUUUCGAGGGUUCCUGGUAUCGCGGUCGAGUGGAGCAGAUCAUUACUAUCCCGCAACAUCCGACAAAGUAUCGAGUAAUGUACUUGGACUACACCAAUGUGGAGGAUAUGACUGAGAUGGAUAUUCGUCGCUAUCCGUUGGACUUCACCACUCCUUGUACCACAAAUAUUUGCGUGAUUGAGGAUUUUCCACAUAAACCGAAUGCUGCACAGAUUUCAUUUUUAUCGGACGCCUUGAAGGUCCACGAACUAGUACAUGUUGACAGCGUCAAAUACCUGAACAAUAUUGCCAUAAUUAAAUCGAUCUUGAUUCAGAAGCUGAUGAGCUUGUAAUCGCAUUUAAUGCUAUCAUUUUACAUCAUGAUUAAAACGAAAAACCCGGAGUAUUUUUAAGAGCGCCAUAUGUUAAAAAAUUCUGUAUCAUGUUGUUGUCAAAUACAAGGCUCUUCAAAUUUCCGACCAUA